AUGAAAGCGCUCGUUGCUUCGAAUGUGGACCGUGUUGCAGAUGUUGCUCCAAUAUGCAACCUGUUGCGAUUAAUGCGAAUCGUAGCCGGGCUCCGUCGUAUUAUCGUAGAGGCCGAUGUUCGCAGUAUUGGCCUCGACAUAUCAGUGCCGUUGCGCACGCAUCGGUCAUGGCAUGGUGGCGACGGAACAUUUCACGUUAGUUGAAC